AUGUCAAAACAAAUUGAAAAGAUUGAAAAGGAAUUACCAACUGUUUCCUUUACAACCAAUAAAGAUUCAAAGAAAUAUAGAGAUAAAAAGAGAAAAGAAAGACAAAUUAAAAAAGAAAAAGGUAUAAAAGUAAAUAAAAUAAAGAAACAAGUAUAUAAUAGUGAUAGUGAAGAUGAAAAAGAUAGUGAUGAAGAUGAAAUUGAAGAUGAAUUUGCAAGUUUAAGUGAAGAAGAAGAAGAAGAAAAAGAAAAAAUUGUAGAAAAUAAUAAAAAACAAAAAACAUCAUCAUCAUCAUCAUCAAAUGAACCUGUAAAUAGAUUUGAAUUAGAUAAAGAAGCAUUAUCAAAUAAAUUGAGUAGCAUUUUAGCUCAUGGUACAAGCACUAAAAAACAAAAACCAACAACCACAACAGCUGCUGCUGCUGCUGAUGGUAGUACAAUCCUUUCAAAAUCUGAACAAACUUUAAAUGAAACCCUUAAAAAAGAAAAAGAAAAAAAGAAACAAGAAAAAGAAAGACAAUUAGAAAAAGAAUUAUUACAAACUAAAGACUAUAAACCAAUUGAAAUCCUUUUAACCCCUGAAGAAAGAGAUUUAAUGAGAUUAGCUAAAAAAGGUGUUAUCAAAUUAUUCAAUGCCGUCACUCAACAUCAACAAUCUGGUUUAACUGCUUCUGUUGAUCAAAAAUCUAAAAAUAUUACCAAAAAUCAAUUCUUGGAAAACUUAAAAAAUACUAAAGUAAAGAAAGCAAAUGAAGAUGAUGAUGAUUAUUCAGACGAUGAUUAUUCAGACGACCAAAAAGAUGGAGAACAAUGGGAUGUAUUAAAAGAUGAUUAUUUAGUUAAAAACGAAUAUGAUAUUAAAGAAGAACAAGAUUAA